AUGACUCGUGUCACGGCAAAGUUACUCCGCCAAGCGCGGAGUAUUUCACCACUACUACCCCCAUUACUCAGGGCAACGCGAGAUGCAAGGUUGGCUCAAUUGGAGUUGAAAUGGAUCAAGGAAGAAUUGCUCUCUUCAGAGUGGGUCCGUGCUGUCGCUUUGAGAAGCCGACUAGUUCCGUUGCAAUACAUAUUAAAGUCUCAGCCGUUUGGCGAGUUGUCCAUAGUAUGCCGCAAGGGAGUGUUGAUUCCGAGAUGGGAGACAGAGGAGUGGAGCACCAGGUUGUCUGAGAUCUUGGCUCGAGACACGCAGCACGAUGAGUUGAACGUUGUCGAUGCGUGUUCAGGAUCCGGCUGCGUGCCGCUUUUAUUGCAUCACUUGCUAUCACUGAAAUUCAAAUUGAACGUUGUGGGCUUUGAUAUCGCCGAUCGAGCUGUUGAGCUAGCGAGGGAAAAUUUGCAAGUUUACAAGUCGAAACACCCAAAGUGCUCGUCGCUCAACGUUGCGUUUGUCAAGCGCAGCGUAUUCGAUCCAGAUUUAGUCCACCAGCUACCGGGCCCCAAAGAAAUUGACCUUGUCACAUCGAAUCCACCAUACAUCCCUGCUGCAGACUACAAAAAGUCGAUGCAAAGGAACGGUGUCGAGAGGUCGGUCAAACUACACGAGCCCAGUUUGGCGCUAGUUGGCGAUAACGAAUUCUACAUCCACUUGGUACGAAAUCUCGUCGAGCCUUCUCAAGCCAAAAGUUUUGUGUUUGAGCUUGGCUACGAUCAUCAAGCUGAGUGCGUGCGGAGUCUACUAGAUCCCUCGGUUUGGGAUGUUGGUGUAAUGUACGACUCGUGCUCCAAAAUCCGAUGCGUGGUUGGUUGGAAAAAGCUGAGCAGGUUUACAGAUCUCAGAGAGCUAUGCAAUCUAGUUUAUUAA